GUGAUCGAGGCCCGGCAGCGCUCGGCUCCGUUCCUGCUGCCCGAGGAGGCGCUGGGGGACAGCCCCAGCGAGGCGGAGCAGGAGCGGCUCCGCGCCGCCCUGGUGCUCUGUUACGGCCGCGUGGCGGCGGCGGCGCCCCCGGAGCUGCUGCGCUCGCGCCUGGAGCAGCAGCUGCUGCAGCGCCUCCUGCAGCACUCAAAAACCAAGGAGGAGGUCGGCCGCUGGGGGGCGCAGCAGGAGCGCGAGACGCGGCCCCUGCGCCGGCCCCGGCCCGAGCGGCUCUUUGGCAGCGCCGAGCGCGGCAAUCGGUACCUGCUGCAGGUGGAGGCGACGCUGAACGCGACGGGAGGGCUCAGCGCCGAGCUCACCCUCACCUGGGACCGCACCGGCGUGCCCGGGGGCAGCGAAAUCUCCUUUUUCUUCCUGGAGCCGUUCCGGGGCUCCCCCGGGGGCUGCCCCCGGCGCCCCUCCUGCCUUUCCUGCCUGGCGGACUCGGGGUGCGCUUGGUGCCCCCCCAGCGCCUCCUGCCACCCCCGGCUGCCCCAAAAUCCCCCAAAUUCACCCCAAAACCACCCCUGUGGGAACCAGGGGGGGCCCCGGCUGGUGCUGCACCCCCAGAACUGCGGCCUGUGCAAGGAGCACCGCGAGUGCCGAGGGUGCGCUGCGGACCCUUUCUGUGAGUGGCAGACCCUGGGACCCCCCGACUCCAAACGGGGCGACUUCGUCUGCAGCCGCCGGGGGAGGGACCCCCGGGCUGUCAGGGACCCCCAAAAAUGUCCCCCCCUCUGCUCCAGCCGCAGCUCGUGCUCCUCGUGCCUCGCUCCAUAUGGAGAGUGCCGGGGGUGGGCCGACAGCGUCCACUCGGCCCCGCAGUGCCAGGGCUGCUCCGAGCUCGGCUCCUGCCGGGAGUGCCUGAGGCAGCACCGGUGUGGGUGGUGCGGGGAGAGCAGGAACCCCGGCCUGGGCAGGUGCUUCGAGGGCGACUUCUCGGGGCUGCACAACUUCCCCAACUGCUCUGCGGCCAUGAGUGACCACCAGAGUGACCACAGGAGUGACCACAGUGACCACAGUGACCACACUGACCACCACAGCGACCACAGCAGUGACCAGAGUGACCACCAGGGAGUUCCAAAUGACCACCAGAGUGACCACAGCAGUGACCACACUGACCACAGUGACCACAGGAGGGAUCAGAGUGACCCCCAGUGACCCCGCUGACCACUGGGAUGAUGCCAACGGCCACCACAAUGACCACCCGAGUGACCACGUGUGACCCAGGCGUGCGGGGCCGGCGGGGUUUGGGCGUUCCUGAGCUGCCCCCCCGAGGACGAGUGCGAGAACGGGCACCACACCUGCGGGCCCAGCCAGGUGUGCCGCGACCUGGCCGACGGCUUCACCUGCACCUGCCGGGCGGGGUACAGCGUGGACAGCCGCACAGGUGAGUGCCGCCCCGUGUGCCGCCAGGGCUGCGCCAACGGCACCUGCCUGGAGCCCGACAGGUGUCGCUGCCACUUCGGCUUCGUGGGCGGGGACUGCGCCACGCCCUGCGCCUGCAACGGCCACAGCGACUGCGCGGGGCCCGCCCAGAGAGACACCUGCCUCAGGUGUAUGAACAACACCCAGGGCCCGCAGUGCCAGCAGUGCCGCCCGGGCUUCGUUGGCUCCGCCCUUUCCGGCGGCUCCUGUCUCACCUGUGACACACCUGUGACACACCCACAGUGACACACCUGUGUGUAACACACCUGUUCUCACCUGU